AUGAUGCCUUUCUUAUUCACCGGCCCGGGGCUAAAGCACCUUUGUCUAGAGCCCCAUGAAAGUGUCGAUCCAGCCGGAAUGGACCUACUGAAAGCGACAUGGCAAAGCUUGAUUGAUACAAACGAACCUAAGGCAAUAUCCCAGUUAGAAUCAGUCACGGUCCCCAGCAACCGGCCCGAGGGAAGCCUUCUUUUCAAAUUAGCUACCGCAGGAAAUCUUUCUCAACUUCGCACACUCGAGAUUGGUUGCAGAAUAGUCAACAUCGCUGGGCUAUUUCCAAAUCUCAAGAGACUUUUUCUUGAUCUCAAUACCAGAAAUCCGCGUACUUCCACUAUUAAGACUGACAUCGAAGAAUCAAUCACUGGGGUACUGGCCUUUCGCUCGUUGGAAUAUCUUUAUAUCAGGGGUCUUCGCAUUGUUGAAGGUUUGGACAGAAUCAUCCAACAUCAUGAUCCGUCAUUGAGGGGACUAGCACUAGUGCCCGAUAGGCUCCACGAGUACCCCAGACUUCAUCUUUCCGAGCUCCUUGAAAUGGCGAUUCGUUGCCCGAACUUGGAAGAGCUACGUCUUCAGAUAAGAAGGUCUAUGGGUAAUCAAGCAGAGUGUGAGAUAUACAAAGCUCUCAGUACCCUCCCCAAUCUCCAAAGACUAUUUCUAGAUCUGGAUUUCGAUGCUCGGCCAAAGCUACCAGCACUAGGCAGCCAUAAAACAGAAGAUCUCGACGCUCUCCGACAAACGUUCAUAAAUGCAGCCAUGGAUCAAAGCCUGGCUCUCCAGAUUUGGAGUAUGAUCAGAAACAAGAGUUCCCGUUUAAAAGACCUACGCCUUUUCCCAUUCGGAAACCAGCGUUUUUCUGCUGAGGAGUGUUAUUUGCUUAACUGUUUUGCGCGAUCAUACUUGCUUACAUAUUAUAACCUUGAGAAUCCUGGAGUGCCAGUCAUGGAGCAAAUUGGGAAAAGGGCGUGGGAGAUAAAACGAGCGAUGCAGGAAUCUUGGACUGAUACCAUUCGUGAUGGAGAUCACCAUCUCUCCAAUAGAAUU